ACGUGUCGCGAAAUUAUGAUGAACAUUGCCGAUCAGGAGGUGCCUGCCGCGACGACGGAAUUGGCGGGCUUACCCGGAAACGGAUUCGGCAGACUAGCCGAGCCACUUCAGACGGUCACCGGGGAAUACUGUCCCGGCAAUUAUCCAGUGUCUCACACGACUGGGAACAAUGAAAAGCUGCACACCGGAAGCGAAUUAUACAUGCAGCAAGGCUACAGGCAGGAAACUUGGCUGCAAGAUGGUAGCAGCUCCGAGACCGAAGACAGCGAACAGUACGUACCCGAGUUUCACCAGAUGUCAAGUGCAAAUGUGAAGCAGGAGUCUAGCAAUUGCACGAGAAAUGGCGACAAUGGCAAUUAUCACCCCCAGUAUCAAUCUUCCGUCGCGCACAAUCAAAACAACGAUUUCCUCGAGCUCAGAUCGGAUCGUUGCUUCGGAAAUCGCAAGAUAAACGGACCGGCUGAUAAAAGCACAAAGGACGUCGCCGUGAAGGAGGAACCGGCGGAUCGAAGCUACGUGGAACCACUUCCGGUGACAAACAUAUCCGCGACAUCUCAGGACACCCAGAACGCAAGCACUUUAAUUUAUCAGCAACGUCAGCAGCAACAGUACGGAAACGUCACGAGGGAUCAUCCCAGAGGUUCGUCACCAUCGUCCAGUCGUCCGGCCAGCGCUUCUUCCUCGACCUCCCAGUGGCAAUCGACCUUCUCCGUUUCCUCCGAAACCUUUCUUCCGCGACCGGAGAACUGGAAUUCCGAGGUUUACGCGAAACGAAGCGGCACGCCGACCUGGACGGAGCUGGGCACGCAGCUGGACCCCAGAAACUCGUCCUGGGAACGGCAGAACGGUUGUUACCAGAAGAAGGGCUCGCCGGUUUCAACCUGGAAUCCGGAUCACGUGAACAAGAGGCCGUCGUCGGCGACCGGUGUGCCCACCUGGAGCGACGUUGCUGUCGGUUACCAGCAACAACGACGCGGCUCGCUACAAUUGUGGCAGUUCCUGGUAGCCUUGCUCGACGAUCCUGCGAAUGCACCUUGCAUCGCGUGGACCGGGCGCGGGAUGGAGUUCAAGCUGAUCGAGCCGGAAGAGGUGGCACGCAGAUGGGGCGUCCAGAAAAACAGACCGGCCAUGAAUUACGACAAGUUGAGUCGUUCGUUGAGAUACUACUACGAGAAAGGAAUAAUGCAAAAGGUCGCCGGCGAGCGAUACGUGUACAAGUUUGUCUGCGAUCCGGAAGCGCUCUUCAAUAUGGCGUACGGCACCGGCGCGUCUUCGGGGAUUAGCGGAGAAGUUCCUAGUAGUAUGGUACGAAGUCACGCGACGCCCGGGAAAGCGGGCGGGAACGAAGUUCCAGAUUUGAUGAAGCAUCCUGCCGCGGGAUAUAGCGACGCGGUUUUCGCUAUGUACUCAAACACCGCCGCAGUGUAUGGACCUUCCGGUCUUCAUCAUUUGCACCAAUAUCUCGGCGGUAACGAGGGCUUCAAAACACCACCGAGUAGAUAUCAUCCUCAUUAUUCCCAUCAGUACGGUAGCAAUCAUCAUCAUCACCAUCAUCAUCCGCCCCCGAGCUAUACAGAGACUUUUCUGAACUACAGUCGAUUGUCUUCGCACGAGCCGGCUUUCGAUUCGAAGACGCAGGAAGCUCCACCGAGGGAUUCGUAUACCCAGGAAACGGAGAGUACCGGCAGAGAUCGGGAGGGUGCUUCGAUACCCUACGAAAGCAUGCAGAGAUCACAAUUACCGGCCACAACCUCCGCGCAAUCCUCGAUACUGGACGGCGCGGCGAGCUCGAAAAUUGAGCAAGCGCCGUACACGUGUCUCGGCGUCGGAAGCUGCGUCUUCGAAAUCCGCCGAGCAGGAGAAAUUGCAGGAGCCAUGGGUUUCAAGGACAAGCAGAAAGCAUUGGAUACCCUGAGGGCUCUGGAUGGCCGCGACAUCAGUUAUCAGUAUCACGUAAUCACGAGCUUCGUCAGUCGUGCGAAAAGAACUUUGCAGAUCACGCGGGACGAAGAGAAGCUGGCGAAUCUGCGAGACUCCCUGAAAAUCUUCGAGGACUGGCUGACGGAUUACAAACAGAGUAAUCGGGGAAAAGAGAACCUUGCGUAUUUGCCGAUCGAAACAAUCGAGGCCUUUCGUGGUCUCGCGAGGAAGUACGAUGUGUGGAACGACGAGUUCUUCAGGGCGUACAAGAGCGAGAAGGGCGAUUACAAGGGCCUGCGAACGGCGAAAGUACCUGGCGGAGACAUCACGUGGGACAUUGAGAGAAACAGGCGCUUGAAGGAGAUUAUCGGCAAGAUCAAGGACGAGCACGUCCAAUGGUACGAGACGGACGUGGGUGAUCUUCGGGGAUUGCCGACGAAGGAACACGCGCGAUGCAUCGUGCUCGCGUACAGUCCCGAUUCCGCAAAGUUGAAGAAAUUGGUGACUCAGGUACGCGAAAAAUUCGGCGAUAAUUCGAAUAACGAGGUGGACAUGGAGGAGGAAUAUCGAGGUUCUAAGAGAGCUCGCGAUGGCUCGUCGAGCAGCGAUAGCGAGCCGGAGAAAAAGUUUGCGAAACGUUCACCGGAAGCUGAAGAGAGCCAGCGGAACGAAAAAUCGGAGAGCGCGCUGAGUUUCAAGGAUAAGGAGAAGGCUUUGCUGAGCAUCAAGUCUUUGGAGGGCAGAGAUAUAUCGUAUCAGUUUCAUGCGAUCAGCGGUCUGGUAAAGCGAGCCGAGAGAGUGAUAUCGUGCACGAAGGAUAAGCAGAAGAUCAAGAAUAUGACGGAAGCUGUGGAAGUCUUUGAGAACUGGAUCACCGAUUACAAUGUGAACGGCCGGUCGAAGGAGAACUUCAAUUAUCUGGCGAUCGACAUCGUGCGAGCCUUUAAGCCUCUAGCCGAACGAUACGGCAUCGAAGACAACGGCUUCCUCGAAGUCUACGAAAAGGCGGACGGCGAUUACAAGAAACUCAGAUCCGUCCGAGUUCCGCAAUCGGAUGUUACGUGGGACGUAAAAAGGAAUGAGCACCUACGAGAAUUGGUAGGUCGUAUAAAGAAGAACCUUGUUCAAUGGUUCGAUACGGACGCCAAAUUUCGAGAUUUGCCCACCGUGGAGCACACGCGGUGCAUCAUGUGGGCUUUCAGCUACGACGUAGCGAAGCUGAAGAAGCUGUUGCUUACGUUAAACGAGAAACUUAAAGCCGCUGACUAAUUUGGCUCAAUAAAAAUGUUGGAUUGUUGCCGGAUUGUUAUUGCGGUUCGUAAAUCGUCAUAUUUUUAUUGCAUGUAAUAAAAGCAAGAAAAAGAUGCUCUUACUGCGUUGCGCAAUAUAUUAUGUUUUAUCGCGCCGUUUAUAUAUUGAACGCAAUACAUGUGUCAAAUAUUUGCUGCAAUAAAUCUGUUAUUUUAAUUGUGUGUACGAGAAAUAAACGAAUAUAAGAGCAUCUGCUUUCAAGAGA